AUGAUACGAGAGAUGGACGAAACUAAUAUAAUUUCCAUGAUGUCAGAAUAUUCAUCAAUCCAAAACGAUGCCAAGUGUAACAAUAAUGAACGUGUAAUUCGAAAAAGAAAACGAUCACCAAUGACAUCAGUUGAAAAUUUUGUUUCAGAUGUGAACCUUGAAUCCCCACAUAAAGAAAAAAAUAAUUAUAUGACACAUAAAAUCAAACAUAAUUCAAAAAAGUUCUGUAUUCAUGAUACAUGUCCCUUAGAAGACGAAUUACAUGGUUUUUGUCAAAAACAUCAUGAUAUUCAAUGUCAGCAUGUUCUAUGUACAAAAAUAAAUAAAUCUUAUUCAUCACAACUGUUUGCCUCUUUAAAAGAACAAUUGAAUUCAUCAACAAAUCAAAAAUGGUCUGAUACAUUAACCAAAAACACUACGACAACGUCCAUACAGAUACCAACACAUCAAAUUAUUCAUCUACAAAAUGAACAAAAAUUUCGUUCAAUAGCAAUUCAGACACAAACACAAAAUGAUCAAUAUCAACAACAAUAUAAUAAAGAUUAUUUCGAAAUGAAAAAGAUAUAUACGACACCAGUUAUUUCUCAAUCAAAUUCCGAACAGCAUUAUGUUAAAAUUGCUGCUGCUAAUAAUCGACGAACAACCUCUAAUGACAAAUCAAGUCUAGACAUCAAACUCAUCAAACCCAUCAAAGGAUCUACUAAAAUACAGAAUGGCCAACGAUAUGAAUAUGUUGGAAAUAAGUGGCGAACUCUGUGUCAAGAUCAUACUUGUCAUUCACGAGCACUCAAAAAUUCCUAUUGCAAUAAACAUCGUGAACAACAAUUAACAUCUUCGAACGAUAAAAUACAAAAGAAAAUUAUUAAGAAAAGAGCAGGUGCUCGAAAAGAUAACCGAAACAAAAAGGUUCAUUUUCAAACACCUACUAAUACAGUUCAGCAUCCUCCGUCAUCUUACGAACAAGUGGAAGACAUUAAAAUAAAAGUUGAACAAGCAUCACAAACCGAUGUAUCGUAUCCUCCUUUGGGUGAUUAUUCUAAUAACGUCCAAAAUAUUUAUAAAGAACCUUGUCAAAUAAGCACAAAUGAAGAUAUACCAAUUGCUGUUAAAAAAGAAAUGAUGGAUAACGAUUAUUCAGUAUUUUCUCCUAUGACUUUCUCAUCGUAUACAACAUCAACUGAAACUUCUACAUUAUCUACGGCACAAAUUUGUCCGCAACUACAGACUUGUUCAACUAUUCAAGACUUGAUUCAUUAUCAGGAAAUGAACGAUAAAGAAUUUAGAACAAAAUGUCAUUCAAUCGACAGACAUUUAACAUUAAUUGAUCUUCUAACUCAUUAA